AACCCGCACUGGGGUAUGGACACCAGUACCAGUAGAGCGUGGACGAUCAACACACGUGCGUACAGAAGAAACAACAUGGCGGCUGUUAAACUGGUUCUCUUUGUGUCUAUGGUGGCAGUGGUGCUAACGUUACCAACAGACAAGUCCAAGUCACGAUCCGUCCAGAAGCGAUCAGCGCCCUCUCUCGACAAACGCUCAGUGUUCGACAUGUUCGACAAGUUUGAUCUGAAUGGAGACUCCAAGCUGGAAUUCCACGAAAUAGCCUACUUCUUCUUCAACAAUUUCCACUUCUCCCUGAACGAAGCCGAAAGAUACGCUCAACAACAGCUCAACAACUUCGACAUCAAUAAAGAUGGCGUCCUUGAUAUUUGGGAGUUUCUAAAAGAUCCUCCCAGAUCUGAGAGCGUGGACACAGCGGACAUGUACUACUAAAGCCCCGCUCGGCAUAACAGAUGUUGACUGUAAUAAACAGGAUUGUCAGGGUGCUCCAUCUGAAACAUUACAUCGUCAUGUGAACUAAACGACUGUCUUUAAAAACACACAUAAUGAUCAACAUAAUUUACGCGAAAUGUACAUUAAAUUGUCUAUUUACAGAAUACAGAUUCUUUUUGUGUCAA